UGGGAAGAGUGAGGAGAAGAAAAUAUGAUUGCAACUUUGGAAAUUGUUCUUAAAAAAUGUCUCUUUUUUUUUUUUUGUGGGGGGUUGGUAUCAUUUUAGAUUAUCCCAAUUGGGAAAAUCAGGCCAACCAAGUUCAAGUUUGGUAUUUGGGUGAAAUUUGGAAAUGGGUUUUUGGAUAUUUCAUAAUUUUGUGGGGAUUUUCAUCAAAUCAAUGGACCAUUUUUCUCAUUUGUUUCAGAAAGUUUUGAGCUUUUAUUUUCGAGUUAUCUUAUCCAUUUAUGGAACAUUGCCAAGUUUCUGAAGAUGCUAACAGAGACACGUUGUUUCAUGAUUUGUUGGAACGAGGAAUUAGAGAUGAAAUGAUGAUGAAUGAAUGCAAAUAUUCCUUUGUGUUUCUGCAAUUGUUGCUUGUUCAGUUGUUUUUGGUUUUCUUUGGAGACCCUUUACUCACAAGAGUUUCAGCUGUUUUUUUCUCUUGAAAUGUAGAAUCCAAUAAAAGCUUUCACUUGAUGCUACUUUACCUUUAAGUGUUGUCACCGUAGAAUUCCAGAACUUUUGACUUGACCAGUCAACGGCCAGGGCAAAGGACAAGCAUUCAGCAGAUACAGUGAGCCUUUAGAUAUGGGCUGCGUGGUGUCAACUACGAAGGACUCUGGUGGAAAUAGAAGGAGGCCAGGGAGUAUUGGUGAAGUUUCAGUAUAUGUUCCUGGUUUGAGGAUUCCUAAGCCUGUUGAUUUUGCUCAAUCACUUGGCAAUUAUUUGUCCAAGAAUAUAGUGGAACACCUGUCUGCUCUUAGAAUGCGCAUAGUUAUAAUGGCUGGUCAAGAAGGUCCUACAAUUACAAGAACAAAAAGAAAAACUCAGCAUGGAGGUUCAAUGCUGGCUGAUCUUCUGCAGGCUCUUGAAGAUUACUUGCCUGUUGUUCUGGGAUUAGUUAAGGAUGGAAGCCAUUUACAAUAUAAAGUACAAUUUACUUGGGUGAAUCAAGAGGAUGACAAAGAGGAAACAACCAUGUCUAAUGCUUGGUAUGAGGUGUUGUCAGUUUUGCAUUUGAUGGCAAUGCUAUCACUAUCACAGGCUAACUUGUUACUGCUUCCAAGAUCAUCAUCCUCUGAUGGUCAUCUGCCAAAAGUAUCAGAAGAAAGCAGACGAACCUCUGUUGAUAUUUUCCUUAAGGCUGCUGGGUAUUUGGAUUGUGCAGUCAAACAUGUUCUUCCGCAGUUGCCUUUGGAACUCAGGAGAAAUUUACCCGUAGACCUAGCAGAAGGAGUUCUUCGAGCACUCUGUCUACAAGCAUUAGGACAGGGUAUAGAUAUACAACUUGGAAUGGCAAUUGAUAGUACCAAAGCCACUCUUGCAGUUAAGCGUAGGCUUGCAUGUGAGAUGGUGAAAUGCUGGCAGCAGGCUCAAGAUAACAUUAUGAAUCUUCCAUUAGCAAAUGGUUGGGGUGAAAAACAUUGUCUUUUUGUGAAAUGGAAAUAUGUUGAAGCAAAGGCUGCAGCAUAUUAUUAUCAUGGUUUGAUUCUUGAUGAGGGAAAUACAGAAAAAUCUCAUGGGAUGGCUGUAGCUGCUUUGCAAGCAGCAGAUGAGUAUUACAAAGAAAGUAAGAAGUUGUGUGAGGCAUUCAACGCAGCAUCUCCAUUGUCAAGAAAUCCCCCACCUUGGGGGACCGUGAAAUAUCUCUCUGAAAAAAUUCCUAAGGAUACUUCAAGCAAGGUGCGAAUAAACCGCGAUUUGUACUCUUAUGAAAGGAUCAUGGAGACAGCACCAACAUUGCCUGAUUUUUCAUUGGCCUUGAAACCAGAUGAAUAUCAACUUCCUCAAGUGGACUCAUCUUGGAGAACAGAGAACAUAAAAGUGGGACAAACUGAUCCUAACCAUCUCAAGGGUGACAAGUGAUAAAAUACAAUGAAUUUGCACACCUCAAAGAAAUGUUGGUCUACCUGAAAAAUAUCAGCCAAAGGGUGUUUUUCCAAUUCUUGUUAAUAGAAAAAACAAAUUAGUUUAUUUGAACUCUUUUUCUACCUUCUGCAUUUACUUUUUUUUUUUUUUUUACUUCAUAUAUUAAUUUCCUCCUUUCGCCUAUAAUAUUUGUAAGACGCCCAGCAAAUAGAGGUUCAAUGUAAAUUGUCCUCGGGGGAAAAGAAAGGGUCUCCUUGCCAAUACCUGAAUAACAUCAAUAUAAAAUUGCUAUUUCAUUUCAUUGUAACCAAGUUUGUGUAAGGAUCGUGUGUAAAUGAAUUGUGUGCAUUGGAGAGAGAAUUUUUAUAUUCUUU